UGCACCCAAAAAUUUGUCUCCAUGGCUAGUUCCAUCUCCGGCAACCUAGGCGAGGAAGUUGCAAGAUCCAUAUCAGAAGAAUCACCGAGUCAUUACAUACUAAAGAUACAGUCAUUUUCAUUACUUAUAAAGAAUGGCAUAGAAAAAUAUGAAUCUGGAGAGUUUGAAGCUGGUGGAUACAAAUGGAAACUGCUUCUGUACCCAAAUGGAAACAAGAGCAAAAAUGUGAAAGAGCACCUUUCUCUCUACUUGCUUUUGGCUGAUGUUAGUUCUCUCAUUCGUCAUAGUCGGGAGGUCCACGCUAUUUUCCGGUUUUUCUUGCUUGAUCAGAGCAAGGACAAGUACUUGAUAGUUCAUGAUGCCAAGGAAGAAGACAGGCGCUUUCACAGAUUGAAGCAUCAAUGGGGAUUUGAUGAGUUCAUCCCAAUUAGAAUGUUUAAUGACGUUUCCAAUGGAUACCUCCUGGAGGACAAUUGUGUGUUUGGAGCUGAAGUGUUUGUUACCAAGGAAAUGAGCUCAGGAAAAGGAGAAAGCUUAUCAAUGAUAAAAGAUGCUGUGAGUUCCAAGCAUGUUUGGAAGAUUGAAAACUUUUCCAAAUUAGAUUCAGAAUGCCAUGAAUCACAAGAAUUUUUUGCUGGCGAUCAGAAAUGGAAAAUACAGCUUUAUCCAAAAGGAAGACGAAAUGGAUCAGGCACUCAUAUCUCCAUGUAUUUGGCUUUGGCAGAUACAGCCAGUACUCUUAUGGCUGGUUCUAGAAUACUUGCAGAGUUCACUUUGCGUAUUCAGGACCAACAGCAGAACAGGCACAUUGCAGGAAAAUAUAGUUACUGGUUUAGUGCCUCAAACCAAGAAAGUGGGUGGGCAAAAUUUGUUUCUUUCCCCUAUUUCUAUCGUUCGGGCAUUGGCUAUCUAGUGAAGGAUAUAUGCAUGGUGGAAGCAGAGGUGACUGUCCAGGCAGUUGCUACUACAUUGUAACUAUUUUUUUUUUAUAUGAAUUGUAACUAAAAACACUUUAGUAGCCAUUCUUAUGUUCUGGUAUUGUUGUACUUGUAAAAAAGUGGAAGAGUCUCCUAUUUAUACUGUGUCUUGGAAAAUAUAAUUAUUAUAAAAAACAAAUUACAAUAUAUGCUGUUGAGAUUUCGGAGGAUUUGGACUAGUCCCCACAUAUUUUUUCUAAAUAGAGUUGAAGAUAGUAGAUUGAGAUAUUGUUAAGUUGAAGAUUCUCUGAAGAUCCAAGUAAGAUCAAUAGCUGUU